UUUAUCUUACUUACAUAUCUCAGACACACUCUACAAUGGCUACAGUGUCAGCUGACAUCAAAAAGAAGUGUUUGGUGAUACCAGAUCACAGUGGAUAUGAUACCAACAUGUUCAACAUACCUGUAAAGUAUGCAAACUUUCUCACCUCAAUCCUUAUCCCUAAUGGUCUCGUCAAAGACAGGACACAGAAGUUAGCAGUAGACAUUCUAUCCUCGUUACCAGAAACCAAGUCACUUGUGGUUCUGUGUGUACUCAAAGGAGGAUACAAGUUUUGCAGCGAACUUGUUGAUGCUAUGGAGCGUUACAUCUGCUCGUGUGAGAUCAACAUGUCUGUUAAAGUAGAGUUUAUCCGCCUUAAAAGCUAUCAUAAUAUUUCUAGCACUGGUGAGGUGGAAGUAAUUGGGCUAUCUGACCUAUCUCACCUGACGGGAAAGGAUAUAUUGAUUGUUGAAGAUAUCAUCGACACAGGCAGGACCAUGACAAAAGCUCUGAAAUUGUUAAAGGAAUACAGUCCAAACACUGUGCAAUGUGCUAGUUUACUACUUAAAAGGACAGACAAGAGUUGUGGCUACGUUCCAGAAUUUAUUGGGUUUUCCUGUCCUGACGAGUUUGUUCUAGGAUAUGGGCUCGAUUACAACGAAUUCUUCAGAGACCUUCCGCACAUCGGAAUAAUCAACGAAGAGGGGAUUAAGCACUUUGCUGUUUAAAUCUUUAGUGAACUCUUGGUCGUUCAAUUAUGGAAUUAUAACGCAUACGAUCGCCUAAUCCUUUAAGUCCUGACGAGGCAAUAUUACUGCUGGGAAUAAUUCUUCUUGGGACUCCCUCUAAUCAGCUGCAUUUAUUUUAUCUAUAUUCUGUGGUGUUAUAUUCUGUGGUGUUAAACACUAUUGCCGUCAUACCACUGUCUGGAUAUUAUGAUUUAAUAAUGAAAGUUACUGGCGAUAAUGCGAUAUAUCGUCUUAUUUUUCUGUCUUUCGUCAGCCACGGUGUUGACUUAUGUUUUCUGAAGUUUAUAUAUACAAUUAAAGUGUACGACUGUUUAAGUUUUUAAUAUAUUAUACGUUACUUAUUACAAAACGCAUGUCUUGAAGAAGUUACUGUACAACUGUCAUUUAAUUUCAUCAGCGCAGAAAAA